UUGAAAAAAAAUUGUAAGUAGGUAAUUGCGCACAUUUUUUGCCGUUUGAAAAAUAUUAUGAAAGAUUUACUUCUAAAAGACUUUGGGAAAAUGACUAUUUAUAACUUCCUCCUCAGCAAACUAGUUUUGUGAUCUCUGUAGAAUCUUGUCUGGCAAUACAUGUCUCUGAGGUUCCUUAUGGGUGGCUUGUCAAUAUAUUCAUGAGUUUUUUUUUGAUGAAAUUUUGAAUUUAUUGAUCAUCAACUAGAAGGAUUUACAAAGAAUGAAGCCUAACAAAGAAUAAAGGUUCUUAUAUCUAUCUGUAGGAAGAAAAGAAAAAUUUGUGUUAGUUAAUAACUCCAUGCUCCAAAAUCAGUCAAAAACUUCAAACCAUCUCCGAAGAAUUUUAUUGAGUGUGAUAGUAAAAUCAAUAAGGAUAUUGCUUUGAUUGCUCUCUUGAUGACUUAAUGGGUUUGACGAGAAAGAGAACAAAUUUGUCUGAGAAUUAUGUUUGAUGAAUCAAUUAUAUGGCUUACGUAAAGUUAUUGAGAUGUCCGUUUGAGAUCGAACGAAGGAGUGGAUGUUCAUGAAUCAAUUCUUUUCUGAGAAUCUUAUUUUUGCUCAUUAAUUUUUUUUGAUAAAACAAAAUUUUUAAAUAAAAAUUAGAGUUUUGAUUGAUUUAACUAAUUUAUAAUUGGUUGGUUAAUAGUAAACCAAUAAAAACCAUGGUCUAUAAGUUAUUAAGUUUUGAAUAAUUGGUUUGGAGAAAAAUAAAUUUACAACUUAUGCUUCGGAGAGAAAUAAGUUUAGAACUUUAAAUUCAUGGAGAACUAGAACGAGGUCAUAGUUUGGUAGAUAUCUGAUGAUAUAUGAUAGUUGGGAAAUAGAUCGUUGACCCAAAUGUUUUAGUUAAAGUUUAGUGCAAUCUAUGUAGCCAAUUAUCAAUAAUGAACAAAAUGGGAUAUAAAACCUUUCUAUAGACACUUAUCUAACCUAUACUAAAAGGGUUAUAUGAGCAUCAGAGAAGCUGUCCACGUAGGACAACUAAAUCAGCCAAUCAGGAGACUUUUUUUUGACACGUCAUCAAGCCCAGCUCCAUUGCUUUGGUUCUUCUUCACGCCUUUCGCGAUCCGAAAGGCAAUAGAAUCGACGUUUCCCUUUUUCAUUUUUCCAGAUCCCAUUUUGCUAGAUCAAAUCGUGAAACCCUUUACUUUUCCUCUCUUAAUCCACGUUAUCAGGUGAUCCUAAAAGAAGUGUUGUUCUAUCUCGAAGGAUUCCGAUGAGAUCUAAACGCAGCCAUGGAGGCUUGCCGCAGAAAACCUUGCCGUCGCCGGCUCAACCUCCGUCUGAGAUCCAGAGAACCGCGGCGGAGGAACAAAGGAGAAACGAGAAGAUCGUGAGAUUCACAGAACUGAGCCGUGGUAUCUUCACUGGUUCUAAGGGAAUGAAGGAUCGGCCGAUACGAUGCAUGACGUCUUCAGGAACGUCAGAAGGAAGAGGAGAUCAGAAGCAAUCUGGUUCUCAGGUUCUCAGACGGAGGUUGUGAUGAAUCACUUGGAACUCUUGGUGGCGUUUGGUUCACUGAAGGAUUUUCUUUUUGAUGGUUGUGAACAGGUCAGAUAUGGAAGAGAAGAAGCUUGCAGAUAGAGUCAGCGAUGAGCAAGUAAAGAGAAUUGAAUUGAUGGUUUCUGAUGUUGAUGCGAGGGAUACCAAAGAUGAGGUCUUUGAGGAAGCUAUCGACAGUUCGAAGCCUGAAUCUUUCCAAGCCGAUGAUGGGUUACACGAGGAUUUUCCUUCAGAGGAAGUGAAAGUGCCAGAGGUUAAUGGAGAGAGCCAUGGUGAGGCCUGCAACAUAUAACUACGGGAGAGGCUGUACCAGGUUUUGUGACUUCCCAAAUGAAUGGUGAUGAAGGGGAAGCAGGUGCAGGGAAUGUCAGCGAGACAGCUACACUUUCUUUUUCUGAAAAUGGAAUCGUCUCCCCUGAGAAGAAAGCUGUUCUCCUCUCUUUCGGGUCAGAGAAGGAAGAGAAGAAGCUUGGAGACGAUAGAAUCAUCCAUGACCAAGUAGAGAACAAUAUAUUACUGGUUUCUGAUGUUGUCUUUGUGGAAGCUAUUGUCGGUUUCCAAGCCGAUGAUGGGUUGCACGAGGAUUUACCUUCAAAGGCAACUCCUGAACAUUCCAUGGAUGAUCUGGAAGAAGAGAAUAGCAAUGACAAGGAAGUGAAAGAUUCCAAGGUUAGUGGAGAGACCCAUGGUGAGGCAAACCUGCAACAUAUAACUGAGGGAGAGGCUGCACCAGGUUUUCUGACUUCCAAAAUGAAUGGUGACGAGGGGGAAUCAGGUGCAGAGCAGGAUGCUUUAUAAAAAAGCACAAGAAUAGAUUGAAUCAUCAAAAGCUUGAGAAUUGUGAACCAGAAAGGAAAGCAGCCGACUUUAGGUAGAGUACUCGGCCUUUCCUCAGUCUUGUGGAGAAGAAAUGGUUGGCGUUUCAGGUCUUCUUCUCUUUCUUGCAUCACUUU